AUGGCGCUCUUUGCGUUGGCUCUCCUCAGCAUCCUGGUGACUGUUGUUGCAGGUCUGCAGGCCAGCUACCCUGUUAACGCACAGCUACCUCCGGUAGCCCGGGUAUCGAAGCCAUUCGAAUUUGUUUUCUCGCAGGGUACCUUUGCUGGCAGCGAUGAUAACACACAUUAUUCGCUUUCAAACGCGCCAUCAUGGCUCGAAGUCGACAGCCAAUCCCGUACGCUAUCCGGAACACCGCAGAAAGAUGAUCAAGGAUCACCGACGUUCGAUCUGGUGGCCUCAGAUGGCUCGGAAUCUGCGGACAUGCAAGUCACAUUAAUUGUAACAACAGACGACGGACCGCAACCGGGAAAGCCGCUGUUCUCACAACUCGAAGAAAUGGGGCCAACCUCCGCCCCAGACACCAUCCUCCUACACACUGGCGACUCUUUCUCAUUAUCCUUUGGGCCGGACACGUUCACCAACACGCGCCCAUCAACGGCCUACUAUGGCACAUCUCCGGACAACGCACCGCUACCCUCGUGGAUUGUUUUCGAUCCGGCAUCACUCAGCUUUUCCGGCACGACACCGGCUAGUGGACCUCAAACCUUCAGCUUCAAUCUGAUAGCCUCGGACGUGACUGGGUUCAGCGCGGCUACCAUGACCUUUGAGAUGACCAUCAGCCCACAUAUCUUGGCGUUCAAUCGGAGCACCCAGACAUUCUUCCUCUCAAAAGAACGGCCGUUCACUAGUCCGCAGUUUGUCAGCAAUCUCACCCUAGAUGGACAUGAAACGACGAAGAAAGAUCUGGCCGACAUUAAGGUGGAUUCGCCAGACUGGUUGUCUCUAGAUGAGGAGACUAUUUCUCUGAGCGGCACUCCCCCUUCAGACGCCGCCGAUAACAAUGUCACGAUUACCGUGACGGAUAGAUUUCAAGACGUAGCCACGCUGAUCGUCAGUCUACAGUUCACUCAAUUCUUUCGCAAUGAUCAAAAUGUAUGCGAUGCUAUCAUCGGGCAGUUCUUUAUGCUGGUCCUUGACGACUCUGUCUUGGCCAACGAUUCUGUCCAGGUAGACGUUGACUUCGGGCAAGAUCUUCCCUGGCUCCAUUACAAUCGUGACAACAAGACGAUCUUUGGACAAGUUCCCUCCGACAUCAGUCCGGGAAGCUAUCAUAUCAAUCUCACUGCCCGGGAGGGUACCGCAGAGGACACUCGGCAAUUAACAAUCAAGGCGAUGUCGGAAGGGACCACAAAUGGACCAGGCACAGCCAACUCUACAGCCUCCGAUGCAAAGAACAGCAUUCGCGGAGGCAAGGCCGGUAUUAUUGCUAUCGCCGUCGUUGUUCCGUUUGUGUUUUUGAGCACUGCCCUUCUUCUGUUCUGCUGCUGGCGGCACAAGCGUAAAGCAGCCACAAAGAAACCUCAAGAUGGACAGGAAGCCGAGAAAACGCUAUCGACUCAGCCAGAUGGCGAAGGUAUUGCGCAUGGUCGGCCUUUUGAGGAAACUGCCCAUGGCGAGCCUCCGAGAAUUCUCAGGAUUCCUUCACAAUCAUCUGAGCCCCCAAAACUGGAGCUACCAUUAUGGCAUUCAAGCCCGUCGAAAGGCAACGAGCAAGCCCCAGACGCAGCCGGCAAAGAAAACACCCUUUCCGAUCCUACAUUCGAUUGGGGAGGUUUCGCUUCUCUCAAGGGACCCGAACCCGAAGAGGCCAAACCAGUGGAAGACGCACCCGCACAGCCGAAACGCCUGUCUUUCCAGAACAGCCCCCCCUUACACCGAAGAACAACCACAACUAGUUCCAGGAGGCGAGAGCCCCUUCGGCCCAUUCAGCCUAGGAGGUCCCUAAAGCGGAAUUCGACUACCCGAUCGCGCAGAUAUUCCAAACGGUCGAGUGGCAUAUCAACAGUAGCAUCCGGGCUUCCAGUCCGACUCAGUGGUGCCGGACAUGGAGCCGGCGGUUUUGGACCUCCAGGACAUGGCGUAGUCCGUCUUUCCUGGCAGAACACACAGGCUUCGUUCGGAAGUGAUGAGAGUGACGUAGGAAACCUAGCACCGCUGUUUCCACGACCGCCACCUCGAACGAGAGAGAGUGGGGAUUAUUCCAAACGAAUGAGCCUUCGAACAGUGGAACCUGACGACUCGACCAUCUCUGAAGCGGACUCUCUAGAGGCAUUUCUUCACAGCCGCGCAAAAAGUCGGAAUUCGUCCAACCCGCUAUUCGCAGGUCAGUUCGGCCGUCGAGCAUCAUCGGGCUGUCGGGCCCUAGAAAGAGCUCGAAGCACAGCGAGUCGGGCCGAUACAGUAGCCAGUUCCAACUACAUUGAGGAAUAUCGGAACUCGAUCCAUGAGCGGCCGUGGUCGACAGCCAUGUCUGCCUCCAUUUACACGGAUGACCAUCGUCAGUCGGCUUAUUUACAUAGCCUGUCCGAAGAAUCUUCAGACAUGGGGCCACCCCGCCCGGUGGGCAAAUUGCCCAGCCAAUCGAGCCUGGCUCAAAAUUAUUCUGAGACGAUCGCGCCUCUGCCUCGGUUCUACAGCGAAGUGAGCUUGGAUGAGCCGAAACGAUUCGAAGGAGCGGGAUUGGGGAAAGAGAAUGAUCCGCCCACUGAGCGGCAGCUCGGCGGGAGCUCACGCCCUUGGUAUCAGACCGGCUUCUACACGCACGGAGACAUAGCUGGCGCCGGCCAGGCGUCACGGAAAAGCCCUUCACUUUACUCUAUCCCCUUCGAUUCCAAAUCACGCCGAGUGAGCUUGAACCGGGCCGUGGAGCGGGAAUGGGAAGAAUUGCACAGUAUGCAAAGGGAACCGGCAGGAAGCUCGAGAAACAACGCAGGCUUCUUGUGA